GCGCGAGAAGGGGCGGGGCAGGCGCGCGGCCGUUAGCGCGCUACCGUUAGCGGUCCCACUCUACGCAACCGUCAGCGUCGCUGUGCUCCCAGCGGCUGCAGUCUCUGUGGGUCGCAGUCCUCGUGACCCAGUCCCCGUUUGCGUUGUCACUCCCUUCGCCGGCGCAGUCACCGCGCGGGGCGGCGGCCCGUGAGGUAGCUACCACGGCUUACGGCAACGAAUAAAGCUCCGGGACAGCGGCGCCCUGGGCGAUAGCUGGGCGGGCGGCCCCGGCCGGGAGCGGCCGCCCGUGCGCCACCGUGAGGAGUGAGCGGCUGAGGCGACCUCCGGCCCGGCCUCGCACCAGCAGCCCGGCAGGCGCGACAUGAGCCUGGUCUGGCAUCCGCGGGAUGCUCCUUGAGCCCCUUCUUCGGCUGUUACCUCCGGGGGAUGGUUGUGGCCACACCGACUCGUAUUUUCCAAAUAAAUCAUUGUUUAUUCUUGCGGUGGCGGGGCCGAACACGCUUAUUUAUUUUUAACUUUCUCAACAAGUUUUACCCAGCACUUACCCAGUGAAACAACUCGGUAAUCGUUUCAAGGGAGCAUCCGCUCGGUUAGGAAAUCUCAGACUGAGCAGCUUGUGGAAGCCAGCAUUUGCAACGUCCUCCUCGCAUGCUUUGAAGAUCCUUGCGUCUUCCUGUAACUACCACUGUGCGCAGGAUCCCGCUCAAGGAACGUCUUGGUCCAGCGAUUCAAAGAACUGACGUUUCAAGCUGGAAGAGCCGGUACUGUUCUCAUUAUAGUAUAGAAGAAUUCAAGAUAGGCAGCAGCAAAUGAAGACUAUAAAAGGAAAGAAGAAGGAACAUCAAAGAUUGAGAAAAUCUGCCAGGACAAGAAGAGUAACCCAGAGGAAGCCUUCUUCAGGGCCUGUUUGCCGGCUAUGCCUUCAAGAACCUGGGGAUCCCGAAAAAUUAGGGGAAUUUCUUCAGAAAGACAAUCUCAGUGUGCAUUAUUUCUGUCUUAUCCUAUCUAGCAAGCUGCCUCAGAGGGGCCAGUCCAAUAGAGGUUUCUAUGGAUUCCUGCCUGAGGACAUCAAAAAGGAGGCAUCCCGGGCCUCUAGGAAGAUCUGCUUUGUGUGCAAGAAAAAGGGAGCUGCCAUCAAGUGCCAGAAGGAUCAGUGCCUCAGGAGCUUCCAUUUUCCUUGUGGCCAGGAAAGGGGUUGCCUUUCACAAUUUUUUGGAGAGUACAAAUCAUUUUGUGGGAAACAUCGCCCAACACAGGACAUCCGAUGGGAGAAUGUGGGGGAUGAAAGCUGUGUCUUGUGCUGCGAAGACUUAGUCCAAGCAAGUGUUGAAAACAUCCAGAGUCCGUGCUGUAGCCAAACUAUCUACCACCGCAAGUGCAUACAGAAAUAUGCCCACACGUCAGCAAAGCAUUUCUUCAAAUGUCCACAUUGCAACAAUCGAGAAGAAUUUCCUCAAGAAAUGCUAAGAAUGGGAAUUCAUAUUCCAGACAGAGACGCUGCCUGGGAACUUGAGCCAGGGGCUUUCUCGGAGUUGUAUGAGCUCUAUCAGCAUUGUGAUGCCCCCAUCUGUGUGUAUGAACAAGGCAGAGACAGCUUUGAGGAUGAAGGGAGGUGGAGCCUCAUUCUGUGUGCUACAUGUGGAUCCCACGGAACCCAUAGGGACUGCUCCUCUCUCAGAUCCAGCUGUAAGAAAUGGGAGUGCGAGGAGUGUGCGCCUGCUGCUGAAGCCACAGACUACACACCUGAAAACUCAGGUGACAUCCCCUGUUGCAACAGCACUUUCCACUCCAGGGGGCAUUUUUGCAGAGACACCAGCCUGGAAGAGAAUCCGGGCCCUUCUUCGACUGACUGACCAGGCUCUUCCUCAUUAGAAAAACCAGAGUCCUCUGGUUGCAGGACGAGGGGCCACUCCUGGCGAUCCAAGGGUGUCAGAAUCACUAAGAGCUGCAAAAAGUCCAAGUAACAGUUUCUGAUUAGUCGCUGCCAAGCACAUUUGAGUACAAAGCUGUGUUCCUCCAUCAGGUUUGGGGGAGGGAGCACUUUGGCACUGUGAGUCAAGGAAAGGGGGCUAGCAGUGAGACUCUGAACCAAAGAAAGAGAAGUCCCAGGGGAACCUGAGUUCAGAGCAGAGUCCUGAUGCCAACCACAGGAUGCAUUUGUGGCUUUGAGAGCACCUCUGCUCUUUCUGCCUGAUUCCCAGAGGGCCUUUUCUACUCUUUUUCCACCAAGAUUAUUCCACCUUGAUCUUGUUCUCAUAUACCUCUUCUGACUUCACCCACGUUUGUUAUUAUACAAAUAAAAGUUUUCUCUCCA